AAUUGCCGAACGUUUCCACCUGCAAUUCGCGUUUGAUGUUUAGUUGGUCAGCACUCGAAGUGUUCAGAAAACAGCAGAUAGCAUCUCGGCAGUGUUUACCGCCUUAGCUGGCCAAUUAUGAGGGACUCGGGCAGAUAAAAACAACCCGUGCGCGUCGGUCUGUGUCACUCGCUCCGCGACGGCUGCUGUGCAGGAGAUCAGAGUGCGUUUCCUGGUUGUGGCGGUAGGGGCUCGCACGAUCAGCCGUUUCAUCGACGCCGUAAAGAUUAAGAAACCAACACAUUGAAGAUAUCAGCAUUUGUAUAGAUGGGAGCCUAGCAGAAAAUUCCAAAUUCACAAAAUUCCUUGGGAUGACAAUUGAUGAAAAUUUAAGCUGGGACAAGAACAUAGACUAUAUUUAUCUGCAAGCUACAAUAAACAGUUAUGGCUUUUGAAAACCUGUUUCCAUAUCUUGGACACUUUGGUCGCUAUCAGAAGAGAAUCUAUGUGCUUCUGUGCUUGACAGCAGUUACAGGAGCUCUACAUAAACUUGUAGGAGUUUUUUUGCAAGCUAGUGUGAAUUAUCGGUGUCAGCUGCCAUUUGAGAAUGAAACAGCAUCGUACACUCUACCUCCAGAAAUACUGAAUAUGUCAUACCCAUGGGAUGAGAGGGAAUAUGCUUUUUCAUCAUGUCAGAUGUUGGCUGCAAAUUACACAGAAGAUUAUUUUCGCAGUGGUAGACCAUCUAAUGAAAGUGUGACCUGCACUCAGUGGAUAUAUGACAAAAGUAUUUAUACGAGCAGUACAAUAAUGGAGUUUGACUUAGUGUGUACAUAUGGAUGGUUACCAGCCAUGUCUGAUUCCAUGUUUAUGCUUGGUGAUGUUAUUGGAUCCUUUACUUUUGGUCUGCUUUCUGACAGGUAUGGAAGAAAGCCAAUCUUCAUGGUAGCUGUUGUGAUGCAAGUAAUUGCAGGGUUACUGGUUUCAUUUUCACCACAGUAUGUAUGGUUUAUUAUAUUCAGACUGUUUGUUGGAAGCACCGUCUCAGGGCUAUUUCUUGUAGGAUACGUAAUUGCAAUGGAAAUGGUUGGUACAAGGAAACGCUUAUUUGCUGGUGUUGCUUGUCAGUUAUUCUUCACCUUUGGUUAUGUUAUAACUGCACUAUUUGCAUACCUUAUACCAGAGUGGCGAUUACUACAAAUAGCAAUUACAGUGCCAUCUCUCAUAUUCCUAAGCUACUGGUGGAUUAUUCCAGAAUCAUUUAGAUGGUUAACAGCAAAUGGUCAACAGGAAGAAGCCCGGAAAUAUAUUUUGAAAGCUGCAAAAGAAAAUGGAGUAACUAUUCCAGAUGAUGUGCUGACUAAAGCCAUAAUGGGAGAAGGUUCAGUUAGGUCAGAAAACAACUCUCAGAAAUAUUCUAUUAUUGAUAUGAUGAAGCAUAGUAAACUUAGAAGGAGAACACUAAAUAUUUUCUUUAUUUGGUUUGCAAAUAAUGCAACAUAUUAUGGACUUUCUUGGAAUACAUCAAAUCUUGGAGGCAAUGAUUACAUAAAUUUUUUAAUAGCUGGUUUUGUGGAAGUGCCAGCAUAUACUUUCCUUUUAUUCUCUCUUAACAAAUGGGGGCGAAAGAAAAUUCUGUGCUCCUCUAUGAUAAUCGCUGGAGUGUCACUAUUUGCUGCAACUGCGGUACCACAAGGCACAUCUUGGCUUGUGGUCACAUUUGCAAUGCUGGGAAAAUUAGCCAUUACUGCAUCAUAUGGCACAAUAUAUAUCUUCACAGCAGAGCAGUUUCCAACUGUGGUUCGCAAUGUGGCAUUGGGAGCUAGUUCAACAUGUGCUCGCAUGGGGGGCAUGACUGCUCCAUACAUCAAUGUUUUGAAUACUAUAUGGCGACCAUUACCGCUUCUAAUAUUUGGUACAGUGUCUACCACUGCAGCAUUUCUGGCUCUGAUAUUGCCAGAAACUCUAAAUCGAAAACUACCAGAUACAAUUGAAGAUAUGGAAGAACAAGAAAAGCCUCUUUCUGGUGCACGCAUUGGUGACCACAUAGAUGAAGUUCCAAAGGAGAGCAUCUGAGACGUAGUGAAUGGCAUACAUGCUGUACAUCAAUGAAACCCUUACUUUAAUGGUUUGUGUUGUUAAGAGUGAAGAACAGAAGACGGAAGAUAUCAUACCAGUGUCGGUGAAAUUAGAGACUGUACGUGUUUAUGUUGCAUUUCCUUAAAAAUGGCCUUACCUUUUAGGUCAAAACUAUGCACACAGAAUCUGAUCUUGGUUCACAUAUCAUGUAUAAUUUAUAAGCCCUAUUAACAAUCUCAAUGAGCCACUUAAGAAGCCAUAGGAAAGCAAAGAGGCAUAUAGCUUCAAGUAGAUUCUUGCACUUUGUGAGAACAAUUUCCAACAGCUAACUGUAUUGCCUCGUGUGGUUUCAGAACAAUCCUUAUUCCAUAUUGGCCUUGAGAAUGCAUAUUUGCAACAGCUUAAUGAUUUCAAAGUACAAACUGAUAAAUUGCAGUAGUUUUGUCACAUAAUAUCAUUUUAUUUUUAUUUACACAUUGCUCAAAAUUUCUUGUUUAAUAGAAAGUAUUCAGCUGGAACACAGAGCUAUCAAGUUCUGAAAUAUUAGUAGCUUUAUACAUUACUUUUUAUGUUUCCUCAUUUGUUAACUGCUUGUCAGUAUUUUAUUUCUUAUGACUAAGAAGUAUAUGUGUGU